AUCAUCCCCUGUAUAUUUAUAUCUACACAGCUCCCCCACUUGAGCCUUUUAUGUUUCCCUCUUCCUUUUUCCGAAAAACCAGACGACAAAAAAUCACAACGAUCCACAAUCCACCUGAAACCCCAAAUUCAUCUACAAACACAGAUCAAAUCGAUUUUUGUUGAGAAAUUUUCACACAGAAUUCAAGAAUUUCUAUGGUUUCGAUGAUUGAGUGAGGUACAUAGAGGUGUAAUCGUUUUGGGUUUUAUUGAUUUUGGUUUCCAGUCAAUGCGUCAGAAGAAAACCGGCCUUCAGAUCGGAGAAGAACGAAGCUCUUCCGAUUCAAAAACUCCACAAUUUCAAUUCCAAGAAAACACGAAUUUCAAAGCCAACUACGUAUCAAGGAUCCCCCAUCUUCAAAUCCAAAUACCAACAAAAGAUUAUAAUGAACAACGACCUACCUUCAAGCAAAACGCAACAACAGCAACAACCACCAACACCCAGAAAACUGUUAUUUCAAAUCCUCAGAAAAGACCUGUAGUUAUGAGUCCCCAACAGAAAACUUCAUCCCAUCAUCACCACCACCAUCACCCGUACAACCACCCACGAAGAGCUUCUCAUCAGAAGUCUUUAAUUUGUUGUUCAUCUUCUGAAGCCCUUUUAGCCACCAAGACAGUUGCUCUAAAACUGUUGAAGUUUACUCACGUUAAGCUUUUCUGGGUUAAAGUCCCUUUCAGGGUUUUAAUCCUUCUCUUUUUGCCUUCAAUUUAUUACUUCUCUUUGAGCUAUCGCUCCUUUUAUCUCUACAUACUCUUUCUUAUUGCCUUCUGUAGCGUUCUUUUAUCUUCAUUUAAUAUUAACAGUUUUCAUGCCACUAACCUCCCAUCAAUCCGAUUAUUCGUCGCCCGAAAUUUCCCAAAUCUAAAGCUUUACAAAUCAGAUAACGCAUCAACAACACACCCACCAGUUGUUUGGUCAAUUGGGUCAAAGACCCAGUUAGAGGAAAACACAAAUUCAGGGUUCUUGGUGAAGGUAUACAGCAAUGGCGAUGUUUAUGAGGGUGAAUUUUAUAAAGGGAAGUGUUCUGGAAGUGGGGUUUAUUACUACAACUUAAAUGGGAGAUACGAAGGCGAUUGGGUUGACCAAAAGUACGAUGGAUAUGGUGUUGAAACUUGGGCAAAAGGAAGCCGAUAUAGAGGACAGUAUAGGCAAGGAUUGAGACAUGGUUAUGGAGUUUACAGAUUUUACACUGGAGAUAUGUACGCGGGAGAGUGGUUGAAGGGUCAGUGUCAUGGGUGUGGAGUUCAUACUUGUGAAGAUGGAAGCAAAUAUGCUGGCGAAUUCAAAGGAGGUAUCAAACAUGGGCUUGGCCACUACCAUUUCAGAAACGGGGACACAUAUGCUGGAGAAUAUUUUGCAGACAAGAUGCAUGGUUUUGGUGUGUAUCGAUUUGCAAAUGGACAUAGAUAUGAAGGUGCUUGGCAUGAAGGAAGAAGACAAGGUUGUGGUAUGUAUACUUUCAGAAAUGGUGAGACUCAAUCAGGUCAAUGGGAUAAUGGAGUUCUCAGUGUUUCAACUUCUCAAAAUCCAUUUCUUUCAUCUGUUUCUCAUGCCAAAGUCCUUAAAGCAGUCCAGGAAGCAAGACGUAUAGCUGAGAAAGCGUUAGCUGUUGCUGACGUGGACGAGAGGGUGAACAGGGCGGUGACUGCGGCUAACCGGGCGGCCAACGCAGCCAGAGUGGCGGCAGUUAAGGCGGUCCAAAACCAAAUGCAUCAGCAUGAUGAUGGUGAUGAUGUGCCACUAGACAUCGUCUGAUUUAACUGUGUUUGUUCCAUCUUUUUUUUGGGGGGAAAAGAAAAUGAAAAAGAAAAAGGAAAUGGAAAUGGUUUUCUAGAAGUGAUGAUAUGGGUGGUGGUGCAAGGAGGUGGUGCCGCCUGGAACCGCAAUCAGAUUAGAAUAUUGAAGGUGCUGAUUGAGGAGCAAAUGGAUAUCUGAGGAAGGGGUUAAUUGCAGCUGCAUAGCCCAUCAAGAUUCAUGAGAAUUAGGAUGCCUUUUUCUUGUCCUUUGCCUUUGCCUUUGUAAAAUGUAAAUGUUUGUGCCUUUACUUGAAGUAAAACAAAAUCAGCAUCAUCAUAGUUUCUUUCUAGUGUUGUAUUUUGGCUUUUUUUGGUUUCUACGAAUGUAAUCUUUUCCUUGUGGCUUUCUAUAUAUUAUAUCACACUAUGUACGGAU